GAUGAUUUUGAGUCCUCUCUGCUGAGUUUUGAGAAGCUGGAUAGAGCAUCUCCUGACCUAUGGCCAGAGCAAUGUAAGUUUGUCUUCUCCUCUCUGUGUUUGCUUCAUAAAGACAUGUAGCCUAUCAUUGCAAUUUACUCAUUCCUGUUUCUGAUUCUCACACAGUGCCAGGAGUUGCGGAAUUUGCUGCAUCUUGCAAAAAUGUGAGUGUUUUUCAAAGAUCUAUAGCUAGCAUUGAUAAAUGAAUAGACCUACAUUGCUGAGAGAAUGCACAUUCUUAUUAUUAUUUUUUGUCUUGCAGCCAAUUACCAAUUCUCCACCCAAAUGGAUGGCUGAACUGGAGAGUGAGGACAUUGAAAUGUUAAAAGGUAAAGUACAGUAGCGUCAUAUGGUACACUUACUGUUGAGCAUUGCCUACCUGUGAAAAUAGGGUAAUAAGUAUUCACUGACUGUACUCCAACUCUAUUCCUCCGACAGAGCUGGGGAGUCUGACCACAGCCAACCUGAUGGAGAAGGUCAAAGGGCUACAGAACCUGGCCUACCAGCUGGGCCUUGAGGAG